GUCAAGCUCGUCUGCCGGAGCGCGGGUGCCCUCCGCGGGCUCUGCGCUUACAAGCUUGGGGGUAGUGGGUUCUCAUACGCAGUCUCAUCAGGAAACCUCCUAAACUCACUGAAGAUGCCAAUGAGCAAAGUAACAGAUAACACAGUGCAGAAACAUGUAGGCUUCCUGCAGUCAUUAACAGUGCUAGACAUCAGCUACUGCCUCUCCAUCACACACAUAUCCAUCAAACUAAUUGGGUCAAACUGCAAAUCUCUUGUCGAGUUCAAGCGAAACAUGCCACCCCCUCAGCCUGACAUAACCCAUCCCAACAAUGGUUCAGGCUCAAAUGUUGAUGAGUCAGAGGCAAUUGCAGUAGCUGACACGAUGCAUUGUCUCGAAACCCUGGAGCUCGCUUAUGGUCUCUUCUCUGAUCUAGGACUUGAUGCUAUAUUGACAAAGUGUUUGAAGUUGCAUAACCUUGAUAUUCGGGGGUGUUGGAAUGUGAAGCUUGAGGGGGAUGUUGAUGGUAAGUGUGGGUUGAUACCAGGGUUUAAAGAUCCAUGGUAUGAUCAGUUCGAUUAUGAGGAUGAUGAUGAUUCUGGCAAUGAUGAACCAAAUUCUGACGAAGAUCAUGGCGCUGGUGAUGAUGGUGGUGGACAAGGUGGUGGUGGACACGGGGAUGUAAUAGAUGGUGGUGGUGGACAAGCUAUUGACGGACACAGGGAUGCGACAGAUGGUGGUGGUGGUGGUGAUGGUGUUGAUAGACAUGGGGAUGUGGUGGUUAUAUCAGAUGAUGAUGAUGAUGGUCAUGAGGAUGAUUGGGAAGUUGAUUCUGAUGAUUCAUGGUGGGGUUGGAUGACAUUGGUUUGAUGCCUUGAGUAGUGUUUUUGAAGAGCUUAUAUUGUUUUCGUUAGGUUUUCUGGUGACCCACAAUUACACAAAGAAGUUUUUUGAAUAGCUUAUAUGUUUUUGUUUUUGCCUGAAAGCUCUUGCUGAUGAAC